AUGGCCUGGACUCCACUUCUCUUCUUCCUCCUUCAUUGUACAGGGUCUUUCUCCCAACCUGUGCUGACUCAGUCACCCUCUGCCUCUGCUUCCCUGGGAGCCUCAGUCAAAAUCACCUGCACCUUGAGUAGUCAGUACAGCACCUACCCCAUUAGAUGGUACCAGCAACAUCCAGACAAGGCUCCUAAAUAUGUGAUGUAUCUUUAUAAUGAUGGAAGCCACAGCAAGGGAGAUGGGAUCCCUGAUCGCUUCUCUGGCUCCAGCUCUGAGGCCCAUCGCUACUUAAGCAUCUCCAACCUCCAGCUUGAGGAUGAAGCUGUCUAUUACUGUGAUAUAUAUGGUAGCACUGGGUGA